CUGUCUGCUUGGGAGAUGGAGGAGCAGGAGAGAGCUAUGGAUGAGGAUGCUCUGGACUCAAAGCCUCCACUGACCACUGAAGAGGAUGAGCCCAAACACACCGUCCUCCACGGGUCUCAUAUCACUGAAACACAACAGGAGCCCAGGGAACCUGCACCUGAAGAGAAUGAGACGAAGCCACAGUUCUCCGAGCUGCUUGUUAUCAACAGCCUAGCUCCUCCAGACAACUGGGAACUGACAAAGACAGAAAUGCUGAUACUGUCACGGACAGAGAAUCAGGCAGCGAUACAGACACAGACAUCAUCACGGACAGAUGAGUUUAUCAUACUUGAUCAGAAUGGACAGCCCCUACAGUGUGACCGCAUGGUGCUCGUGACCAGUCAGUCAGACAACGGAGAGAUGUAUGUUAUCCCCUCUAAUCAGCUAGGAGGGGCUCAGGUGUUACUUCCUAGAGGACACCUACUGGACAUCAUAGACCCUACAGGAUCCUGAGGGGAGAAGACUGCUGAUGAGAAAGAGCUUCACACCAUCACGUUAACAGCUGUUACGGAUGACAGAGGCAGUUUGACUACAGUACCAUCGGCUGUUACGGAUGACAGAGGCAGUUUGACUACAGUACCAUCGGCUGUUACGGAUGACAGAGGCAGUUUGACUACAGUACCAUCGGCUGUUACGGAUGACAGAGGCAGUUUAACUAUAGUACCAUCGGCUGUUACGGAUGACAGAGGCAGUUUGACUACAGUACCAUCGGCUGUUACGGAUGACAGAGGCAGUUUGACUAUAGUACCAUCGGCUGUUACGGAUGACAGAGGCAGUUUGACUACAGUACCAUCGGCUGUUACGGAUGACAGAGGCAGUUUGACUACAGUACCAUCGGCUGUUACGGAUGACAGAGGCAGUUUGACUACAGUACCAUCGGCUGUUACGGAUGACAGAGGCAGUUUGACUACAGUACCAUCGGCUGUUACGGAUGACAGAGGCAGUUUGACUACAGUACCAUCGGCUGUUACGGAUGACAGAGGCAGUUUGACUACGGAUGACAGCGGCAGUUUGACUACGGAUGACAGCGGCAGUUUGACUAUGGAUGACAGAGGCAGUUUGACUACAGUACCAUCGGCUGUUAUGGAUGACAGAGGCAGUUUGACUAUAGUACCAUCGGCUGUUACGGAUGACAGCGGCAGUUUGACUACGGAUGACAGAGGCAGUUUGACUACGGUACCAUCGGCUGUUUAUGGAUGACAGAGGCAGUUUGACUACGGAUGACAGAGGCAGUUUGACUAUAGUACCAUCGGCUGUUAUGGAUGACAGAGGCAGUUUGACUACGGAUGACAGAGGCAGUUUGACUACGGAUGACAGAGGCAGUUUGACUACGGAUGACAGAGGCAGUUUGACUACGGAUGACAGAGGCAGUUUGACUACGGAUGACAGAGGCAGUUUGACUACAGUACCAUCGGUUGCGGCUAAGAGCUCGGCACAGAGCUCUCAGGUCUGUUUCACCUCUCUGAAACCUCUCCCAGCCAACGUCCCCAACUGGGCCCUGAGGCUUCAUAAUGCUGAGAGGAUAGGUGACUCAUACCGUGGCUACUGUAACACCGACACAGAGCUGGAGACCAUCCUCCUGCUCCACAAGCAGCAGACCAACAGUGUGUUUGGGACACGCCAGUCCCCCUCCCCUGCCAAGCCUGCCAGCCGUCUGAUGUGGAAGUCCCAAUACGUACCUUACGAUGGCGUCCCUUUUGUCAAUGCAGGCAGUAGAGCUAUAGUGAUGGAAUGUCAGUAUGGUCCAAGGAGGAAAGGUCUCCAGCCCAAGAAGACUGCAGAGCAGAACAUCAGUCCGAACAUUGAUUACAAAGCUACAUGCCCUGCCAGGAUCUAUAUCAAGAAGGUGUGUAAGUUUCCUCAGCACCGGGUGCCUACGGAUCCUAACGUAGACAAGAGGGUUGUUCGUCAGGAACAGGAGAAAGCUUUCUUCAACCUCCGGAAGACCCUGUGGGACGUGGGCGGAGUCCUGAGGUACUACAUGCAGCUCCCCACCCAGAAAGCUCACCUCUAUCAUGACAUGGAGGCUCUCCUCCUGCCUCCUCCUCCAGACCUCCUCUUCCUCCCCAUGGAGGAGGAGGUGAAGCAGGAGGAGGAGGAUGAGGAGGAGAGGGGAUGUGUCUGUGAGGAAGGUGCGGAGGAUGGUGGAAGCAUGCCAUCUCGUCUCCACCCCAGGGUGGCAGAGAAGAUCAGGGAGUUGGUGGAGCAGGGGUACCAUCAGGUGUACCAGGUCCGUAAACAGCUCAGGCGGUUUGUGGAGCGGGAGAUGUUUAAAUCAGAGGAGGUCCCAGAGAGACAUAACCUCUGCUACUUCCCAACCGUCAACGACAUAAAGAACCACAUCCACGAGGCCCAGAAGACCUUCCAGCAGGCUGGGGGGGGCACCACUGCUAUAACACAGUGGACUGAAGUGGACCCAAUGACUGUUACUCUGACCCUCACGCCAGCCCCUGCUGAAGUGUGUUCAGGUGCCUUCCAGAGAGUAGGAGUGUUGGAGGGGACUGACACAUUCAUUCCUGAGGCCGUACAGCUCUUCAGCUCUCUCAGCUCCCUGCAACCCAAGAUCUUUGCCCAGCUACAGGGUAUCCAGCUCCAACCAGGCCUGUGUUCUUUUGACGGAGGUCUGUCUCAGUCGUCUACAGUCACUACAGACUUCCUGGAGCUGCCCAGCCCCCCACAGCCCCUCCUGGUCAGCCCCACACAGUUCCUCCAGUCCAGCCCCUCUCUGGGGGAAGCUAUGACCCUAGCUGACCCCUCAGUGGUUCUGGGCAUGGGUCAGGUGGUCAUGGUGUCAUCGUUAGGGGACGGACAAGUGGUCAGCGUGUCAUCUCUAGGGGACGAGAGCGUGGGGACACACCAGAUACUGUUGGAGGACGGACAGACCAUCCCUUUCCAGAUAGUGGCUCCUGCUAAUAUUGCUCUGAACAGUCCAGUUGAGGUCAAGGAUGAGGAGAUGAGGACGGAGGAGGACACUGUCAACCCUGUAGAUUGACACCAGGCCCUACAGGGGUUGUACUCCAGGUACCCCAGGGUUGUACUCCAGGGGUGUAUCUCGUUCCUCACAGGGGUGUAUCUCGUUCCUCACAGGGGUGUAUCUCAUUCCUCACAGGGGUGUAUCUCAUUCCUCACAGGGGUGUAUCUCAUUCCUCACAGGGGUGUAUCUCAUUCCUCACAGGGGUGUAUCUCAUUCCUCACAGGGGUGUAUCUCAUUCCUCACAGGGGUGUAUCUCAUUCCUCACAGGGGUGUAUCUCGUUCCUCACAGGGGUGUAUCUCGUUCCUCACAGGGGUGUAUCUCGUUCCUCACAGGGGUGUAUCUCGUUCCUCACAGGGGU